AGCCAACGGCGAUGACGAUGAUGAUGACAUGAGGAAGAUUCAUUAGCCAACGGGUCACCCUUGCCAACCCCCAACCCUCCUCUGCUUUUGUCCUCUUCACACAUUGGCAGCCUUUCACCUAAACAAAACACAGCACAAAAGAGCAAGCGUUAAGCAACAGCAGAGCAGCCAGUAGAGAGAGAGAGAGAGAGAGAAGAAGAAGAAGAAGAAGAAGAAGAAGCAGACAGAGAACGAUCUGACCAAACAUGGGCUGAGACAGUGAAAAUUCUUGGAGCAGGGGAAGCUAUGGUUUUUGUCUGUUUCAACCGCAAGUCAAUCCAAAAAACCCAGAACCCGAAUUCCCCGUUUUUUGAGGUUUAUUAGUGAUCGGCAGCUGUUUUUUUUUUUUUUGGGCACCUUGGAGAGAAGCAAAUUUCAACUCCUUGGUGAUUCCUGGACCUGGGUUUUAUUGAUCAGGUACAGGGAGACCGAGAAUAUAGUUAAUUAAAAAAUUACCGUGGAAGUGUGAUAUUUUUGUCCCCCGUUCAAGACAGAGCUUGCUUAGAGUUUGGAAUUUCGGCACUUGAGUUGCAAUUUUAUUAGCUGAAGAGAUGGCGGCAGUGGCGCAUGCAACCUCGAAAGGAAUGUACUCUUGGUGGUGGAAUAGCCAUAUUAGCCCAAAGAACUCAAAAUGGCUUCUGGAGAACCUCACGGAUAUGGACGUGAAAGUCAAGCAAAUGAUCAAGCUCCUGGAGGAAGAUGCAGACUCCUUCGCUCGAAGGGCCGAGAUGUACUACAAAAAGCGGCCCGAGCUCAUGAAGCUGGUUGAGGAAUUCUAUCGGGCCUAUCGUGCCUUAGCUGAGAGAUAUGAUCAUGCCACAGGGGUCCUUCAGCAGGCCCAUAAGGCCAUGGCCGAAGCAUUCCCCAAUCAAGUCCCCUUAAUGCUCUCAGAUGAUUCGACUCCUGACUUCAACCCCCAGACACCCGAGUUCUCAUUUGCAAGCAGAAAUGGUGGGUUUUCGGAAGAUUCUGAGUCAAUCACUGGCAGAAAGGGCUUGAAGCAGUUUGGCAAUGGCCUAUUUGGUUCUGGAGAAGGAAGAGUGCGAAGAGGUCUUCAUUUUCAUGAUUCGGAGGAGAAACAUGGCCAUCGGGGUGAAGAGGAAAUUGCGAGCUUGAAGAAGCAUCUUGCGAGAUUAGAAGCAGAGAAAGAAGCUGGAGUACUUCAGUACCAGCGGAGCUUGGAGGAGUCGAAGAAAUUUUCCGAGCGAGCAGAGCAAGCUGAAGCUGAAGUUAGUUCCUUGAAGGAAUCAAUUGCAAGAUUGGAGGAAGAGAAGACCGAGAAUCUUCUCAAGUACCAACAGUGUCUUGAUAAGAUAGGCACAAUUGAGAAUCUAAUGAAAGAAUCUAAUGAGAGAGCGGAUAGAGUUGAAACUGAGGUUGAAGCCCUCAAGGCGGAUCUUGUGAAAGUAGAGGCUGAGAAAGAAGCUGCUCUUGAGAAAUACAACAAAUGUCUUGAAGUUAUAUCGGUACUAGAAGAGAAGCUAAGAAAUGCUGAGGCCGAAGUUCAAAGCUUGAAGGAAGAACUCGCAAAGUUAAGGGAGACAAUCUCAGAUUUAGAACAUAAGUUUUCUUUGGCUGAAGAGGAGACACACAGGCUGAGGCUUGAGAUCAAUGAUCGGACUGAGAAGCUGAGGAUCUCCGAAGAAAGGUAUCUGAUGCUGGAAAGUUCAAAUCAGAGUCUCCACUUGCAAUUGGAGACUCAGAGUCAGGAGCUUGUGGAGAAGCACAAUGAGGUGGGGAACCUGUGGGCCAGUGUGCAGGAAGAGAGAGCGAGAUUUGUGGAGGCUGAGACAGCUUUUCAGACUCUGCAGCACCUCCAUUCUCAGUCCCAAGAGGAAUUGAGGUCUCUUGCUGUAGAAAUUCAAACCAGGAAUCAGAUCUUGAAGGACAUGGAAGAACAAAAUCAGAGUCUGCAGGGAGAAGUCAAGAAGGUUCUCGAUGAGAAUAAGAAUUUAAACGAGGUGAACCUGUCCUCUUCCCUUACGGUGAAGAAUUUGCAGGAGGAGAUCUUGAGCUUGAGGGAGAUGAUACAGAAGCUUGAGCAGGAGAUUGAGCUUCGUGUUGAUGAAAGGAAUGCCCUUCAGCAGGAGAUUUACUGCUUGAAGAAAGAACUGAACGGCUUGAACGAGAAGAACCGUAGCUUAGAAGAGCAGGUUGAUUCCGAGACAAGUGAGAAGGCAGUUCUUCUAGGGAAGCUUGCGGUCAUGGAGAAACUUAUUGAGAAAAACAUUCUUCUGGAUAACUCACUUUCUGAUUUGAAUGUCGAAUUGGAAGGUGUGAGGGAGAAGGUGAAGGCAUUGGAAGAAUCAUGCGAGUCUCUCCUCAAAGAGAAGGAUUCUCUCGCUUCUCAGUUAAAUAUAGCGACCCAAAAUUUUGAAAAGCUCGCGGAGAAGAACAACUUGUUGGAGAACUCACUCUGUGAUGCUAAUGCCGAAGUUGAAGCUUUGAGGGUCAAGUCAAAAGGCUUGGAGGAUUCAUGCCUUCUGCUCGGUGAAGAAAAGUCUGGACUGGUCACUGAAAGAGACGGCUUAGUUUCAAAGUUGGACGAAUCUCGGAAAAGUCUGAAAGAUCUUGAGAAAAGAUUCCGAGAAGUUGAAGAGAUUCAUGCAUUUGUAGAGAAAGAGAAAGAAUCUAUUUUGCUAGAGAUGGAUAAACUUAACAAAACCUUGAGUGUGGAGAGGGAGGAACACUCAGGUUAUGUUGAAUCGAGUAAAGCACAGCUGUGUGAUAUGGAAUCUCGGAUGCUUCUCCUUCAAAAAGAGGCUGCUUGCAGAAACAGUGAAUAUGAGGAGGAGUUGGACAAAAAUUUAAGUUCUCAGACUGAGAUCUUCAUACUGCAGAAAUGCAUGAAGGAAUUAGAAGAGAAGAUUUUGUCCCUCUCAUUGAAUUGCCGGAAACUGGUGGAGGCCUCAGACCUUUCGGAACAACAGAUCUCUCGCCUGGAGAACAAAAAUCUUGAACAGCAGGUGGAGCUGAAGGCUUUAACUAAUCAACUCAAUGAGUUGCAUUCGUGGCUAUAUGACAUCUUGGGGAUUCUCAAAGUUGAUGCAGAAGAUGGUUUGGAACACAAAAUUGAAAUAGACCGAGAAGCUGUGGAAAAAAUCAUCUGGAAGGUGAAAGAACUAAAGACUGAAAUGUUCAUAUUGCUGAAGUGCAUGAAGGAAUUAGAAGAGCAUAUUUCAUCCCUCCUAAACUGCAAGAAACUUGAGGAGGGCUCACAUCAUGCAGAGAAGAAGAUCUUUGUUUUGGAGAAUAAAAAUCUUGAACAGCAGAUGGAGCUGAAGGCUUUGACUGAUCACAUCCGUGACUUGCGCUCUGGGCUAUAUGAGGUGUUUGCUGUUCUCGAUAUCGGUGCCAAAUAUGGUCUCGAACAUAAAAGUGAAAUGGUCCGAGAAACUGUGGAUUGCAUUGUCGGCAAGGUGAAAGGACUACAGAAUUCUCUUGCGAAAGUCGAGGAGGAAAAUCUUCUUGGGACUAUUGAAAAAUCGGUGUUCAACACGCUACUGAGGCAAAUGGAAGCAGAGGCAGCUGGUCUUUCGGCUGAGAGAUAUGACCUCCAUCAGAAUCUUAGGGUUCAAAUGGAGCAGUUCCUUUUAUUGCAAGCGGAGUUUGACAUGAUUCUUGAGACAAGUGAAGAACUGAGAUCAAAAGUCUUAGAGGGAAUCUGCCGAGAAGAAGUGAUGAUAUCUGAAAUGAAGAUCCUGCACGAGCGGCUUACGUGCACUGGGGCAGCUUUUGAGCAGUUGAAGGAAGAGAACCGUGCGGUUCUUGAAGAGAAACACUGGCUGGAAGAGGAAAGUCAUGCUGUCUUGAGUGAAAAAUUAUCUCAAGCUACUGUUUCAAUUAUUCUCCAAGAUGUUGCUCGUCAGAAUUUUCUGGUACUCAGACGGCUGGUUCAGGAACUGGAGAAAGUCCAUUUUGUUAAUGGCAGCUUGCGCGAGAAGAUUAAAGCGAUGGAGGGCGAUUUGGAGAAACUUCAAGCAGAGAAGUUAGAACUUGAGGGCUUGCUGGAGAAGUCAGAAAAUGAGGUGAAAUCAGUUAAUUCUGUUAAUGGACAGUUAAACUGCGAGAUAGCAAGUGGGAAGGAAAUGGUGGAGCAGUUGGAGAAGAAACUCUUGGAAGCCACAGAGACAAUGAAUGUGAUAGAGAACAAGAAACGUGAGCUGGAGAAGGAACUAGAAAGCAACUUGGAGAGCACUCGAAUGGAGAAGUUAGAACUCGAGGGAUUACUAGAGAAGUCGGAAAAUGAGGUGAAAUCGGUUACUUCAGUUAAUGAACAGUUAAACUGUGAGAUUGCGAAUGAGAAAGAAAUGUUGGGACAGUUGGAGAAGAAACUCUCCAAAGCCGCAGAGACGAUCAAUGUCAUGGAGAACAAGAAACUCAAGCUGGAGAAGGAAUUGAAAGAUCUGAAAGAAGAGUAUGGGUCUGUUUUUGGCAGAGUAAUUGUCUCUGAAGUUCGUGAAAUGUUAUUUGAAGAAAAAAUUCAUGAGACUUCAGAAGAGUUGGAAGCUGUGAGAGAAUCAGGAUGCCUGGAAACGGAAAUUCUCGAGAGAAAGGUUGGAAGUUUGGAAGGAGAAAAUGCUGAGCUGAAUUCUAAACUUGCUGCUCAUUUAUCAGCAUUUGCUUCCUUAAGGGACAGCGUGGUAUCACUCGGAAGAUCUGUCAAUCAGGAUAAACAAAACAAAGCAGAUGAUCAAGGACACGAGGAUCUCCAGUCGAUGCAUGACUUAGAAAGAAGAAUCAGGGCUAUGGAGACAGCACUACUGGAGAAGCUUGGGAAACUGGAAGGCCCAAGCUCAGCCCCCGUGCGAGAUUCUGAUGCAGCGGAAGGAAGACUCAUGACUAAAGACAUCAUUCUUGAUCAGGCCUCUGAGUGUUCAUCCUAUGGCAUAAGUAGGAGAGGGACUCUUGAGCCCGAUGAUCAUCAAGUGCUCGAGCUGUGGGACACAAGCAGGGACCCGAAACUUGGGAAAAGUAAAAUCUCAGUGGAUAAUUUCCAUAAUUCCGAAGUGCGAAAGGAGCACAGGAGCCUGAACCCUUCGACUGACUCGCUUCUCGAUAAGCUGGAGAUCUCUGAAAGCUUCUCGGAUAAUCAAUCAGGUGGUGGGAAGAGGAGAGUGAAGGUCCUUGAACGGCUCGACUCCGACGUGCAGAAACUGACAAACCUGCAGAUAACCCUCGAGGACCUAAAGAGGAAGGUAGAAGCCAUCGAGAAGAAGAAGAAUAGGGGUGAGAUGGGGAAAGCUAGAGGGUUCGAGUACGAUGCUGUGAAGGGGCAGCUGGAAGAAGCCGAGGCGGCCAUAGCGAAGCUUUUUAAUGCGAAUCGUAUAUUGGCAAAGAAUCUAGAGGAAGAACCCGAUGAGAAUGACAGGGCAGGUGUCAGUAGGAGGAGGGUCUCGGAGCAGGCUCGGAGGGGGUCGGAGAAGAUUGGCAGGAUCCAAUUGGAGCUGCAGAGAAUUCAGUUUCUGUUACUGAAGCUCGAGGACGGGAACGAAAGCAAGGAUACGAGCAGUGUGGUCAUGGACGAGAGGAGCAAGAGAGUGCUUCUGCGGGACUAUCUCUACGGCGGCGGGCUGAGGACCCACAACAGGAACGACCCGAGGCGUAAGAAGGCGGUUCCCUUUUGUGCUUGUGCUCCGAAGGUGAUCGAAUGAUUAACACACCAGUAGCAGCAUGCAUACAAGUUUUUUUCCUUUUGUUAUAGAGAUACUAUUGUACAUUUUAAAGGCUUUGUACGUAUUUUUGCACAAAAAAAGGUGCCGGAUCCUUUGUUUGCGGGAGAGGCAAAAGUGGGGAAAUUACUGGUAUUAAAUGUACAGUGUGUGAAGGAGAUGUUCGCGUGCGUACUGGCAAGUAGGAGUUUAAUUUUCCGUAUUGGAGUUCCAUUUUCAGUA